CAUUGGUCGCUGCUGCCGAAGGCGGAAGUGACUUCGGCCUCUUGGCCCAACGACCGGCGCUGGUUUAUGUUCGGCCGCUGGGUCGCUGACGUGUCGCGGAAGGUGCCGAGCUUGUUGAAGCGGGUCUCGCUGGGGAUGAAGCCGCAGGUCGUGUUCGUUUUGGGCGGGCCCGGUGCCGGGAAAGGGACCCAGUGCUCCAGGAUCGUGGAGAACUACAGCUACACUCACCUGUCGGCCGGGGACCUGCUGAGGGAGGAGCGGGCCAGAGAGGGCUCCGAGUUCGGCCAGCUCAUCGACAACUACAUCAAAGAGGGCCAAAUCGUCCCGGUGCAGAUCACCAUCAACCUACUUAGGAAGGCCAUGGAAGACACCAUGCAGAAGGACGAGAACAAGUUCCGCUUCCUGAUUGACGGUUUUCCCCGGAAUGAGGACAACCUUCAAGGCUGGAACACGGUCAUGGACGGAAAGGCGGACGUCAAGUUUGUGCUUUUCUUUGACUGUGACAAUCAGGUCUGCAUCCAGAGGUGUUUAGAAAGAGGGAAGAGCAGUGGGCGCACAGACGACAACAGGGAGAGUCUGGAGAAGAGAAUCCAGACCUACCUUCAGUCCACGCGGCCGAUCGUCCAGCUGUACGAGAAGCUCGGUAAGGUGCGGACGGUGGACGCGUCUCGUUCUGUGGACGAGGUGUUUGCUGAGGUCAAAGCCAUCCUAGACAAAGAGGUGUCUUUUGUAAAUGACAUGUGCGGCUGUAAAUGAGGAGCAAUGCGCGGCCGCCGCUGCUUGACGUCUGUCUGUGAGGAGGAUCUGUGGAGCUCCGCCCUCUGAUCAUGUGCUGUCAUGGAGGCAGACUCGGUCCUCUGAGCACAGAAACCUUUGUGGACCUGAACGGACACCAACGCAGUCCCGUCAAAUGAAGACCUCCACAGCCGUGCUGCAGUGAUACAUGUGAAACUGGCUGACCAAACCCUUGGAGUAUUUAUGAUCUUCAGAUUUAAAAAAUGUACAUUUGGAUCAAGUGCAAGCUUGUUUAAAAUCUGCAUAAAACUGUCAAGUUCACAUCAUGCUCAUUUCAUUUCUCUUUUCUGAUUUGAACCAACAUGACAAUCUGCCAUAGAAACACAAUAAAUGUUAAACACACA